UUUUCCUUUGUUAUUUACCGAAUAACUUACAAAAACAAUUAGAAGAGUUGCACUUGUGUGUCUCACAUUUCACCUAGAAACUUUAAACAUUUAUUCCUGGUACACACAACAUGACACACCCAUCAAAAGUCUUGCAAACAUUAAAACACUUUAGUUAUAAACCAAACCUUUUCCUAUUCUGGUUCACAUGAUUCUCUGUCCUUUCCUUUUCUCACACACAAAAAGCUCUCCUUUUCUCUUUCUCUCUCUCUCUCUCUCUCACAUCUCUCUUCUUCAUCUUUCGUUUCACGAUCAUUGAUUAUCAAAUUGGCAUGCAACAGCAAGGAGAGAUGAUGAGGAACUCGCCGUCAUAUACCUCUGCAACGCACUCUCGUAAUUUCGACACCAUUUUGUCUCCACUCGUCAAAACCGGCACCGGUGCUUCUAACCGAUCCUACGCCUUCUUCUCCAUCUUUCUCUUCCUCCUCCUCGGCGCGUUUCUCUCCACGCGCCUCCUCCUCGAUCCCUCCGUUUUGAUAGAGAAAGAAGCGGUGUCCGUGACUGAGAGAGAAACCACUCAAUCCCCAGAAUACCCUCAGUCGACUAAGCUAAUUACGGAAAAACCAAAAGAGUUUACGCUAAACUGCGCUGCUUUCUCCGGCAACGACACUGGAACUUGCCCAAAGGACAAUUAUCCGACGAGUUUCCGAUCUAGCGCCGGAGAAGGAGAAUCUGACCGUUCUCCAUCCGCCACGUGCCCAGAUUACUUCCGAUGGAUUCACGAGGAUCUACGGCCAUGGGAGAAGACCGGGAUCACGAGGGAAGCCUUGGAGCGAGCCAAUGCGACGGCGAUUUUCCGCCUGGCGAUUAUCAACGGGAGAAUCUACGUCGAGAAAUUUCGUGAGGCUUUUCAGACAAGAGAUGUGUUCACGAUCUGGGGAUUCGUACAGCUCCUACGGAGAUAUCCGGGAAAGAUUCCGGAUCUCGAGCUCAUGUUUGACUGCGUUGACUGGCCGGUAGUGAAGGCGGCUGAAUUCGCCGGAGUUGAUCAACCUCCACCGCCGCCAUUGUUCCGUUAUUGCGCGAACGACGAGACGCUCGACAUUGUAUUUCCCGAUUGGUCCUAUUGGGGAUGGGCUGAGGUGAAUAUAAAGCCAUGGGAAAGUCUGUUGAAAGAACUAAGAGAAGGAAACCAGAGGACUAAAUGGAUAGAUAGAGAGCCUUAUGCUUACUGGAAAGGGAAUCCAACGGUUGCUGAGACGAGACUUGAUCUCAUGAAAUGUAAUCUCUCCGAGGUGUAUGACUGGAAAGCUCGUUUGUACAAGCAGGACUGGGUCAAGGAAUCAAAGGAAGGUUACAAGCAGUCAGACUUGGCGAGCCAAUGCCAUCACAGGUACAAGAUUUACAUAGAAGGGUCUGCGUGGUCGGUGAGUGAGAAGUACAUUCUGGCUUGUGACUCGGUGACAUUAAUGGUGAAACCUCAUUACUACGAUUUCUUCACAAGAGGUAUGUUUCCAGGUCACCAUUACUGGCCUGUCAAGGAGGACGACAAAUGCCGUUCCAUCAAAUUCGCUGUUGAUUGGGGCAACUUGCAUAUGCGAAAGGCACAAGACAUAGGUAAGAAGGCAAGUGAGUUUGUGCAACAAGAACUCAAGAUGGACUAUGUGUACGAUUACAUGUUUCAUCUCUUAAUCCAAUACUCUAAACUCCUCCGGUUUAAACCCGAGAUCCCUCAGAACUCCACUGAGCUCUGCUCAGAGGCAAUGGCAUGCCCGAGGGAUGGAAAUGAACGAAAGUUUAUGAUGGAAUCACUCGUAAAACGCCCAGCUGAGACAGGUCCCUGCGCCAUGCCGCCUCCGUAUGAUCCGGCAUCAUUUUAUUCAGUUUUGAAAAGGAGACAGAGUACGACUAGUAGAAUCGAACAGUGGGAGAGUAAGUACUGGAGGAAGCAGAACAAGACCGGUUCGUAAAAUUAGAUUGGCGUAUAAAGUUUUGGUGUGUAGAGUAAAAGCACUUGUCAGAAUUGUAUCGAGUAGUAUAAAUUAGAAAACAUGCGAUCUUUAUUUUCUUCUCCGUUUUUUUGGUAGAAUUUUAACUAAUCCAUUCUGUCUAGUGAAUUCGACGAUACAAAGUUUUAAUCGGUAAUAAAAGUAAAUAAGUUUUGU